AUGUCUGCCUUACCUGGAAACAUAUUGGAGAAGCAGUACUGGCAGGAGCCGACGACGGAGUCGAAGCAAUCGCGGCUUGCUCGUGGCAUAAGAUGGUUUCUUGACAUCGUGCGGCCGUCCGUUCUGACGGUAAAAGGCCGGCGGAAGCAGAUGGGACGGACAAGCUAUCUCGACGGGCUCAGAGGAUUUGCGGCCCUGCUGGUUUAUAUCGGCCACCAUGAGCUCUGGGCACACGAUGCGAAAUCCCAGAACCCGAUAUUCGAGAAUGCUUUCGGAUACGACAAAAAACACUACUUCGUUGCGCUGCCUGGAAUCCGGACAUUUUUCUCUGGUGGUCACUUUGCCGUGAGCGUCUUCUUCGUUCUGUCGGGCUAUGUGCUGUCCGUGAAAGCUCUGAGUUUGAUACACGCGGGCGAUUAUAUCAAGCUGUCAGAUACCCUAUCCUCCGCACUAUUUCGACGAUGGCUACGACUCUACCUCCCCGUUAUGGGCACGACAUUCAUAUACAUGACCAUAUGGCAUCUGUUUGGAAUAACGGCAGUUCCGGACGCCCAGGGGAGCUACAAGGAUGAGCUGUGGAAGUGGUACUGCGAGAUGAAGAACUUCAGCUUCAUCUUCAGAACCGGAGGGGAGCCCUGGUUCCAUUACAACUUUCACGCAUGGUCGAUUCCAGUCGAAUUCAAAGGCUCAAUUGUUAUCUACACCGCCCUUCUAGCCUUCUCAAAGGCCUCCAGGAACGCCCGCCUGCUAUGCGAGAUUGGCCUGUUCGUCUACUUCAUGUACAUUGCAGACGGUGCGUUGUGCGCCAUGUUCGUCGCCGGCAUGCAUCUUUGCGACCUCGAUUUGCUUGCGGAAAGCAACAACCUCCCGAAAUUUUUCUACCGCCUACAACCGUACAAGGAAACGAUCUUUUACAGCCUUUUCGUCAUCAGCAUGUAUCUUGGCGGCUGCCCUUCCCACAGCUUCGAUGUCGAGCUUCUACGGCAUUCACCCGGCUGGAACUGGCUCUCCUACCUAAAGCCACAGGCUGUUUUUGAUUUUAAAUGGUUCUAUCUAUUCUGGGCAGCCAUAUGCCUCGUCUCAUCCAUUUCACGCAUACGCCCUCUCCAGAGCUUCUUCGAGCUCAGAUUCAACCAGUAUCUUGGCCGCGUCUCGUUCGCCCUCUACCUCGUUCACGGACCCGUUCUCUGGAUCCUGGGCGACCGACUCUACACCGCAGUGGGCUGGGUGAAGGAUUCACACCACAAAACCAUCCCGGGCUGGAUCAACCGUUUCCCUUUGCCCACCACGAAGGGACCCCUAGGCCUUGAAGUUGGCUUCCUUGCUCCACAGCUUAUUCUCCUGCCGCUCACACUCUGGCUAGCGGAGAUUGUAACCAAGCUUUUCGAUGGUCCCAGUGUGAAAUUUGCCCAGUGGGCGUACGCCAGGACCCUCCCUCCAUCAGCCAAAGCGAUGUGA